AUGGGUGCUAACUUAUCUUGUGCUACUUUAUGUGAUACAAAUGGGGAGGGUCCUUCUUUGAAGCCAAGGCUAGGUGACAUACCCGAGAAUUGCUUAGCAUUAGUUCUAAUGCACUUGGACCCACCUGAAAUCUGCAAAUUGGCUCGUCUGAACAAGUCUUUUCGCGGCGCUUCUUCAGCUGAUUUUAUAUGGGCAUCUAAGUUGCCCUCGAAUUAUAAGUUUAUAUGCAAGGAAGUGUUUGAUGAGAAGACUGUAGUGGAUUUGGAAAAGAAAGAUGUUUAUGCCAGGCUGUGCAGGCCUAAUCCUUUUGAUGGGGGCACAAAGGAGGUAUGGCUGGAUAAGCGUACUGGUGUGGUUUGUUUUUCGAUUUCUUCAAAGGGGUUGGCAAUUACUGGGAUUGAUGACAGGAGAUAUUGGAAUCACAUUUCGACUGAGGAAUCAAGAUUCCACACAGUUGCCUAUCUUCAACAGAUUUGGUGGUUUGAAGUAGACGGAGAAUUCGAGUUUGAAUUUCCAAAAGGGACGUAUAGCCUAUUCUUCAGGCUGCAGCUUGGCAGGUCUUCAAAGAGAAUGGGCCGUAAAGUUUGUAAUUCUGAGCUCGUCCAUGGUUGGGAUGUGAAACCUGUACGAUUCCAGCUAACGACUUCUGAUGGUCAACAUGCAGCAUCCAAAUGCUUUUUGGACAAUCCUGGGAAUUGGGUUUACUACCAUGUCGGAGAUUUUGUUGUCAACCGUCCAAACGAAUUAAUGAAGAUCAAUUUUUCAAUGACUCAGAUUGAUUGCACUCACACCAAAGGAGGUCUCUGCGUUGAUGCUGCCUUUGUAUACCCGAGUAGCAUAGGCAGUGAGAUUCGUAAAAAGAACAAGCUUGCUGGUCAACAUUGA